AUGCUCAAACUCAAAACGCCACACAAACCGUGUGGAGGCACCACGCAGCACCCGGAUCAAUUCUGCACUGAUGACUACUGCUACUUGUGCAGUGCCGGGCUCCAAUUUGAAUCUCAGCGACAAUCCCAUUAUGGGGGAAAGAAACAUGCCCAGAAGCUGAAGUUACACCUGCACAACAAGGCGGCAGCAACUUCAAAUGGUCCACAGCAAACCACGAUGACAGACAAGGAUCAGUUCUGUCAGCUGUGUAACAUGGUGUUCAGCUCCCCUGUGGUGGCAAAGUCUCAUUACGAGGGCAAAGUUCAAUCCAUAAACCUUCGUAAAUACAAUCUUGGAAACUCAGACUCUAUCGGGAAGGUGUUGCCAUCUGUGGUGGCAGAAUCAUCUGUUGAUAACAGCGAGGGGACAGAAGAACCUAGGUCAGAGCUGGACCUGAAGGACCCCAACAACUACUGCGCUCUGUGUUCCGCCUCCUUCAACACCCCUCAAAUGGCUUCUCAGCACUAUAACAGAUGCAAACACCAGAAGAACGAGGCCCGGCUGAAGCAGCUCCAAGACCCACAAGCCACCAUCCAUGUGGCGUGCAAGACGUGCAGCUUGCAGUUCAACCCUGUGGAGAGAUGUCAGACACACAUACAGGAAAUCGAGCAUGGUAGCUGUGAAGAAGACUUCAAAGACAUGGUGAGGGAGGAGAGAGUGAAGCAGCUGGAGGACAAGCAGAGGGACGGGUUGGUGAUGAGGCGGGAGAGGAAGAAAACCAAAGAGAGAGUGGACACGCGUACAGAGGAGGAGGAGAGGCUGUGGGACGACUCCAUCCUCGGGUGUUAA